AGGAAAAAUUUGACAGGUGUUUCCCAUUCUGUUUCCAGGGGAGUUCCCAGCAGCAAUGCAGCGCGCGGGCCAACCGCAUCAUCGCACGCCCCAGCAUCACCAGUUGUUAGUGUUGCUGUCUGUUUUUAUCUCGUCGCUAUUGUGCUACAGACUGGUGUCCGGUCGCGACCAGGUUUCACCGACGUAGCCAUUUUACUAGACGCCUACGCCAGCCUAGUGCUUAGAUUGUUUCUGUUAGUAACGCACACAAUCUGUCGUACACUGAUUAAUCAGAUUAUGAAGCUCAUUCGCCUAUGGCGCCGCAGUGCUAAUAGUAGUCGCCUACACGCACCCAUUCUACAGUUAGUGCCACUGUUUUCACCACUAGCCCUACAGAAAAUCACUUCUUCCCUGCCCACACGGUGGCAGCACAAUCACCGUCGACGGAUAUCGACACUACGACUGGAAGCACCCGUUCUACCACGGCGGACGGACUUCGUCUCGUUAGCGCAGUUAUUAGUGAACCUUAAGGAUCACACAUUUGAGUUUGUGUUGCAUAACCUGUGGAAUCAAAGAUUCGCAGUUAGAUGAAAACAUUUUAAGCUGUAGGUUAAUGAAUCAUGACGGUUACUGUAAAUUUAUUAUAAUCUAAACAGAGAUAAUGAAAACUUACAAAUAACAAAAGAAGAAAAAGUAAAUGAAAUCUAGUCUAAGGUCAUCUGUUAUUACGAAUAAGCUUUAGGUAUCUAUUACUAGAAUCAAUGAAUAAGUUAAUAAAUUUCAAAAUAGUUUUCCAAAGGAAAGCAGCUAAAAACAAUUGUGGGAGAUGUAAUCCAAAGACACGAAUACUGAAUUCAUUUUAUGCCACGUUGAAACGUUAUGGACAAGAGUAUUGGUAUUUGAGUGAUAUUUUCAUAUUAAACCUAUGGUGAAAACAACACGAGAAAAUAUAAUGAAAUAUGAAAAAAUACCAUAAAACAAUAUAUGAUAAAUGAAUGUACAAAAUUAUGAAAAAUAUAUA